CCGGCCUGUUGAGGCAUCAGUCCGCUGCAGCUAGCUGGAACCUCUGCGGAAGCGACAGCCAGCCUAUACAGCCCUCUCAGGAUCACCCGGCACAUCAUCAAGAUGGCCAUCUUGCUCAACGUCGUGUUGUGGGCCAUCGCCGUCGUGCUCAUUGUCUACGAGGUCGGACUCAUACAGGCGUACCCAGCGGGCGACGAUGAGUCGCAGGGAGGUGACCGGCGCAUGCAGUACGUGGCCGCGGUGGUGGAGUACCCCGCGCUGGGAGACCCCACCAAGGAAGACCCUCAGCUCGUGAUUGGCGCCAACUGCGAGCGCUACAUCCGCUUCAUGCGUCAAGCCCGCGACCAGAGCGCCGACAUCAUCGUGUUCCCCGAGUGCGGGCUGACUUCGAUGAACCUGCCGCCGACACGAGAGCAGCUGCGCAAGGUGCUGACGCCAAUCCCAGAGCCGCAGAACAACCCGUGCGAUGAUGACACCGCUGCCCAGGUGCUGCGCAACCUGUCCUGCGCGACGCGCGAGGCGCGGAUGUACACAGUGAUCAACAUCGCCGAGAUCGAAGAGUGCGCAAACCGAACCGGCUGUCCCGACGACGGAGCCCUCUUCUACAACACCGACAUCGCCUUCGACCGCAACGGUACCAUCGUCGCCAAGUAUCGCAAGUACAACCUGUUCGUGGAGCCGGGCUUCAACGUGACGGAGAUGCCUGAGGCGGUGACCUUCGACACUGACUGGGGCGGCCGAGUGGGGCUGCUCACGUGCCAGGACUUCCUCUACCAGGAGCCGGCCAGGACACUCGUGGAAGAUCUGCACGUCACAGACAUCGCCUACCCGGUCGCCUGGUUCAACGAGCUGCCCUUCCUCGUGGCGACGUCGGUGCAGGCCGGGUGGUCGGCGGCGCGACGCGUCUCCGUGCUGGCGUCGGGGCUGCACCGGCCGCGCGCCGGCAACGCGGGCAGCGGCGUCUACCAGGCAGGCGGGCGCCCCCUCGUCGCGGCGCUGCCCACCGCGGACAACGUGGGCGCCGGCCAGCUGCUCAUCGCGCCCGUCCCCAUCACCCGCGCCCCGCCGCUGGAGACGCGACCGACGGCUGCGCCCCCAGCGCCGCUGCCGGUGCGUGCGUCGCACAUCCACGUGAAGACCAGCGAGGCGGGCGACCUGCUGCUGUACCAGGACUACCUGGCGCCGUACCACGCCGUCGAGCUGCUGCCCGGCGCCAAGCACGCGGUGCGCAUCUGCCACGCGGGCGACGCGUCCGUGGGCGCCGCCACCUUCUGCUGCGACGUCGACGCCGAGAUCGACCUGUCGACGCCGCCCCCUAGCUCCCUCCUCCCCUACCGCUACAUGGCCGGCAUCUUCAGCGGCGUGCGCAACUUCGGCGGAGUCAAGACCGCCGGCAUCAAGGUAUGUGGAAUCAUGGCUUGUGGGGGUGAGACUGAUGCAGGCGGUGAGAUGUGCGGCUUGUGGAACACAUCACUGUCAGCAGCGACAGCCACACUGCAUCGAGCUAUCGUGGCGGCUAACCUGACAGCCUCAACAACAUUCCAUCUGCCCAUCAGCCUCACGGGUGAGCUGCUGCCAGUGGCCGCAGAUAAGCUGCGCUACAAUGCUGACUGGCAUGGUGCCUCUGUCCAGAUCGAGUCUCCAGUAACAGACCUGCUGGUGCUGGCAUUGUGGGCCCGAGACACCACACUAGAUGGUGACCAGCCAGUGGGAGCAUCUGCCACAGCUGCAUGAAGGAGGCCACCCUGAAACAUCUGGCUCUUUCACAGUUGUUCUGCAGCCACAUGCGCUCUGUCCACUUAGUCCUGAACACAUUCAAGAAUUUCAUCUGUGGAUGCCACAUGUUUGCCCACAGUUUGUGAGCUCUCUUGCUUGCUCAUUUCAUUAGUAAUUACUCCUCUCCCUGUCAAUUAUGGAUUCAGAGAUCACUAUUAGUUUACUAUGUCCUAUGUCGAAAGCUGUUAUUGAAUUAUAAUAAGAAAAUCAUAUCAACGAGAUUCAAAUAAAACUUCAACUUCCAUGAAUGCAUUGCUCUUGCACAACCUUCCCUACUCAUAAGUAUUGUCGAAUAUUCUGCUAACAUGUGACCAUAAAACUAAGUACACUACUUGGCUAUCAUUUGAAUAUUUCCUUCAGCUGAUUGUUCAAGACUAAUCACAUCUGCAGACUUCAAGUUAGUUGGAAAACUUUUCGAUGAGCCCAGAAAAGUAUAACUGUUCAUUGUUACACCAUACAGAAGUAUUUGUUCUUGAACUGAAUGAGAUGCAGCAAUAGUGACUUCACAACUUGAGACGCAACCCACAAAAUUCUUCAUCUAUCUCUGAAUCUCAAGAUGUGGAUACUGUUCACAUUUAAACUGUUGUUUUCAUCAUACAAUAGGUUGUGGAGAAUUCCACAAACAACUAUAAUUUGCCACUCUCUCUGCCACAUCUGCAGAUACAGCGCAAAACCUUUUCUUGUAUUCCUCUCUUACAUAGCCCCGCUUCCCUAAUUAUAUCUACUGUGACCUAGGGCCUUAUCUCUGUAUGUGAGGGCAUUGGUUGGAUGGCAGUGAUCAUGUUCUCAGAAUAUUCAGUGAUGAGACAGUGACAAACUUCCAAGGCUAGCCUGUCUAAUUGUCUUUCUUGUAGUUUCACCACCUGAACUUUGUCCAAAUCAGAAUCAGAGUUGUGCAACACAUCUGUGAAACAAUAACUGUAGAUACACUGUUUAGUGGAAACAACAGUGAAUAACAGUAAUAGAUACUAUUAUUAUAUGGUCAUAAUCACUACAGUAUUUCCUGUUACCAGUUCCAACUCAGGUUGGUCAUCAUGAGCCGCUGGCAAGUGAUUACUCCAGUGAACCUUGUGUCAAGUACAGUCCAAUUUGCCACCCAUUGUAGUGUUGGCUGAAAUAAUAAGACAGAUGCCAGAUGAUGACUAAUCCAAAUCAAAACAAAGUAAACAAGUAAUGAUAUGGACUGUAUUCUAAUCAAAUACUCUAAAUCAAAAUCUCAUCCUAACCUAUUACCAUGCCGGGAAAUUAUGUAGCUCUUAUUUGAGCUUCUUAGUCUCUUUCCUCAUUUUAACUGGAUGUUAAAUCCUACCCAAAACGAGCAAUACGUGAGAACUGAUUGUAAGAAUGUGAAAGAAGGAAGAAAGUUUAGGAUUUUACAUCCCACCAACAUCAAAGUCAUCACAGACUGUGCAGGAAUGUGUUGUAGAUGACCUUUCAUUCAUUCUGGCUAAGAAGAAAUGUAAUACAGAAAUGUAGGGAUGGGAGCACAGUUGUCUUGUAAACAAGGUUUUUGUAAACAUACAUUUACUUCCAAAUCUUCCAGUCAAUUGGAAUCUAACAUCAUUUUUCCAAACUACAACAUCCCAUUUGGUUCCCCUUGUUGAAUCAUUUUGAAACGGCAUGGUAAGAUGUACUGACUGUUUUAUUUUUGUGCUGUGUAUGCAAGCAGUUCUGCUCUUCAUUCAUAACUAAACGGUAUGGGAUUAUAAUUAUUCAAGAAAAGUUACAGAUUCAUUCAUAAAUCUGCAGGUGUCUCUGAUGCAGGUCCUACAUUGAUAAUCUAUUUAGGAUUACAUAUUGUGUUCUACCAGCAAGGAAAGUCACAGAGAUUUUAAUAAGACAAUGAAUGACCAUUCUUCACUGGUGUCUUUCUACAUAUUCAAACUAAACCAACCAAUAAAUAUGGGGUACUGCCUGAAAACAACCAAAGCCCUUCCUUUGUUUCAAAAAUACUGCAGAUUGGAAAGGAAAUAGUUGUCUCUCCAUAUCCUUCCAAAAGAAGAUAUGGAGCUCUAACAAUCAAAAUUUUUGUGUUUCACCUUCUACCCCACAUCCUUGAACUCUAAUAGCAUCUCUUUAACUGCCUAAAUACGUAUGUUAUUAUCACCCAAUUAAAUCAUCAUUACCUUGAUGACCAUCAUACUCUAAAUAGGUUAUAUUCAUUGUCUUCACAACGAAUAUUUAAAUUAUUCAUUCUUUAUAUCUGUCAAUGAAAUAUUUCCGUUUAUCUCAUCCAUUUCUCACUCAUUCUCAUAUCAUUACUUAAGGGUCAAUUAUUUAUAACAAAUUGUUCCUGAUUAUUUUUUAUUUGUUCUGACAUACUUGCUUCUAGCAUCAGAAAUACUGUUACAUAUGUAAUGUGUCAGAGUGUAUGGGAUUAUAAUUAUUCAAGAAAAGUUACAGAUUCAUUCAUAAAUCUGCAGGUGUCUCUGAUGCAGGUCCUACAUUGAUAAUCUAUUUAGGAUUACAUAUUGUGUUCUACCAGCAAGGAAAGUCACAGAGAUUUUAAUAAGACAAUGAAUGACCAUUCUUCACUGGUGUCUUUCUACAUAUUCAAACUAAACCAACCAAUAAAUAUGGGGUACUGCCUGAAAACAACCAAAGCCCUUCCUUUGUUUCAAAAAUACUGCAGAUUGGAAAGGAAAUAGUUGUCUCUCCAUAUCCUUCCAAAAGAAGAUAUGGAGCUCUAACAAUCAAAAUUUUUGUGUUUCACCUUCUACCCCACAUCCUUGAACUCUAAUAGCAUCUCUUUAACUGCCUAAAUACGUAUGUUAUUAUCACCCAAUUAAAUCAUCAUUACCUUGAUGACCAUCAUACUCUAAAUAGGUUAUAUUCAUUGUCUUCACAACGAAUAUUUAAAUUAUUCAUUCUUUAUAUCUGUCAAUGAAAUAUUUCCGUUUAUCUCAUCCAUUUCUCACUCAUUCUCAUAUCAUUACUUAAGGGUCAAUUAUUUAUAACAAAUUGUUCCUGAUUAUUUUUUAUUUGUUCUGACAUACUUGCUUCUAGCAUCAGAAAUACUGUUACAUAUGUAAUGUGUCAGAGUGUUAAUAAGAAUUUGUGAUUUGCUAAAACUGAGUAACACCAUUUCUGUGUUGUAAUUCUAGAAGUUUCAUCUUACAACAGUGACUAAAACAUAAACAAGUAUAUUGUUAUUUGCUUUAAAAAUCUUUAAACAUCAAGAGGAAAUUGUAGUAAUCAGAUGAUCAAAAAUGAUAAAAGUAUCCUUUUUUGAAAAACAAAGCUUGUGCUAUAUCUGUGCAUACAAACAAGAAAUGGAUUUCUAUGUGAAAUUUCAGUAUGUUUGGGAAUAUACAGAAAGCCAAUCAAUUGUUCAUUAACAACAUGUAGAUUUAUCAACAACACUUUUUAUUCAUUUACACAUGAUCAAUAACUUUACUAUGACAGUUUUUCUUGAAAUGAAAGUUUCUGCAUUGAAAUAAAAGCUCAUAGCAUAGUGCACAGCAAAAUUAUCACUUGAUUAUUAAUUAACUUCAUGUUUGAGAAGUCAAGCAAAAUCUAACCUUUUUAUAUAUGAACCAUAUGCAAAAUGAUUCAUCACAGUACUGUCUAUCAUACUGGACUGUUGUAGCCCAUUUGGUCUCAAGGCUCAGUGUGCCUCACUGAUGCUACACAAAGCCCUGAGAACCAUAACAAAUAUCUGAAUCACAAAAAACCUAAUUAUGGUAACAUUAUAUGGCUAGAACCAAAAUGUUUCUAAUGUCACCACAUAAAUUAGCCAACUUUUACAGGGAGAGGAGAUAAGUUCCCAAUGAUUGUGUAGUUGAUACAUUUUAAUAACUGAGAGUACAGAAUCAAAACCUUUUUUUUUUUUCUUUUUAGUGACUGAAUCAAGAAAAGUAAGAACUUAUUUAUAAAAUUUGUUAACACAAAGCAGAUUCUAAAUAGAAAGAACAAUGCAACAACAGCCUAUUUUCAAUUAAUAUCCGAUGAAGAAGAAUCUAAAGUAACAUCUGUCUAUGUAACAGUAGACCAUAUGCAAGAUGAUCUGACAGACAGUAGUCAUCUUUUAUUCAAUGGCCUACCU